ACCAUCGACCAAAGACAUGGGUUUCAAAGCGCGUACUUUGGUCUUUCGGAAGAGUCGGACCCUUAUCUUCUCCGACACUACUUGUAUGACGACGCAGAUGAAUUUCCUUUUCUUCGAGUAAUAUAUCGAAGGGCACAGCCCUGGACCCCUGCCCAUCGCGACCAUUCUUCGGUUUUAGGACACCACAGCUCAACUCAUGAUGAAAACAAUGUACCGGUACAGUUCCUUUUGACCUCAAAUGAGCUGAGCGACGAGCUCAGGCGCCUCGGGCCUACCAAUCAUUCGUACGAUCAUGGGUUAGUAAGAAAGGAACUAAACAACUUGGUGAGUGAAGAUGUUGGACAAAGGCUUGUUCUCUUGUUCGUACAAUACGUUUACCCAGCACUUCCCGUUAUUUCUCGGUCACAAAUAGUGACUGCCCUUGGUGGACAUUUCAAGUCCUCAUCCUCGGGACAUGCUUCAUUGCCAACCUAUCUGCUAGCUGCCAUAUACGCUUCUGCGCUCCCUUUCACUGCAUACGACGACAUACUAUGCGUCUCCAGUGUCUACAAGAAACCUCCCGUACAAAGACUAUGGCAAAUGGCCUAUGACGGGGUCCAGACUACGCUGCAUACCCCGCAACUAGCUACCAUCUCAGGCGCAUUACUGUACCUUCACAAGCCUCGAGUAGGAGUGCAGCAUGUUUCCGCUGACACGUCUUUCGCAUGGUCUAUGAUCACCUCUGUUGUUGGUUUAGCCACGAGCCUAGCGCUGCACUUGGACUGUAGUUCAUGGUCAAUACCGCCGUGGGAAAAGCGGUUGCGACGCCGCUUGUGGUGGAUGACAUUCUCCGAGGCGACGUGGAGAAGUCUCUUGUUGGGAAGGCCUGCUGUAAUCGCGCCAGAUCAGUGGAAUGUGUCAGAGCUUACUUUUCUGGAUUUUGAGGUUGAGGAACCACUUCUUCAGCUUGGCGAUGACAUGGAAACAAACCAUUUCGCGGAAAAGCUGCGACAUGCCAUAAAUGAGUCCGAUAAGAGUAUGGUAUCACAGCGACUCGCAACCUUGACCAUCAUUGCCGACAAUAUUUACCGCUGUCUUUACACGAUACGGGCUACUGAGAGGCUCGCCGAUGACCUUAUUGGCUCUAUCAGGGCCAUCAAACCUCUCCGCGAAGAGCUCAAGCUGUGGUAUGCCGGUCUUCCUCUCUAUCUGAAGACACCGAGGUUGGAUCCCGAGAGCGCCGCUCCUGCUGCACCAAGCUCGGCAGCCUGCCUCAAAUUCGCUUACCUUACUCUCGAAAUUCUGCUUUACCGAGCUUUGCUUCGGCCACUGGGAAAUAUCGAUCUGGAAGAUAUUUCGAAUGCCGUUCCACAGACAGAACACGUUCGCAGUGACUCGGAUGCGAACAUAACUGAACGAGAACCGGGCGAGGGCCUGCAAAACGAGAUAGAGCUGAUCAUAUGUGCUGCCGAAAACUGUGCGAGGAUUGUCAGCACCUUCACGGUCGAACUGAUGUCUUGGGACUUUGCUGGCUUCUGGUAUGCUUGGUCUCGUAUUGGCUGGGCGAUAACCUCAAGCUUUCUGGCCUUACUCGUUGUCCAGUCACCGAGCGUGAUGCACGCAAAGACGUGCAAGAAUCUGAUCGACAAGUGGCGGCAAAUAUUACGACACCAGUCCCAAAGCUUUGAGGACAUGAGUCUUGGGAUUCUUCGGUUGGAUGCGAUGUACUGGUCAAACAUGAAUAAGAUCUUUAGGAUCAACAGACAUGUGGCACAGGUAAUCAGAGAAUCGACAUGA